CAGGAAGUGACGUAAGGAGCCACCGGAAGUGGCCGUGUGUCCUGCGAAGAGGCUGAUAGUGGUGCCCGGCCCGCGUCCAGAGAGCUGCAGCUAUGUCGAUCGAAAUCGAGUCUUCCGAUGUGAUCCGUCUUAUUAUGCAGUACCUGAAGGAGAACAGUUUACAUCGGGCAUUGGCUACCUUACAGGAAGAAACUACUGUGUCUCUGAAUACCGUGGACAGUAUUGAGAGUUUUGUGGCUGACAUUAAUAGUGGCCAUUGGGAUACUGUUCUACAGGCUAUACAGUCACUGAAAUUGCCAGACAAAACCCUUAUCGAUCUCUAUGAACAGGUGGUUUUGGAGUUGAUAGAGCUCCGUGAAUUGGGUGCCGCCAGGUCACUUCUGAGACAGACCGACCCCAUGAUCAUGUUAAAACAAACACAGCCCGAGCGGUACAUUCAUCUGGAGAACCUGCUGGCGAGGUCUUACUUCGAUCCUCGUGAGGCAUACCCAGAUGGAAGUAGCAAAGAGAAAAGGAGAGCAGCGAUUGCCCAGGCCUUGGCUGGGGAAGUCAGUGUGGUGCCUCCGUCUCGCCUCAUGGCGUUGCUGGGACAGGCGCUGAAAUGGCAACAGCACCAGGGGUUGCUUCCCCCCGGUAUGACCAUAGAUUUGUUCCGAGGCAAAGCUGCUGUCAAAGAUGUGGAAGAAGAAAAGUUUCCUACGCAGCUGAGCAGGCAUAUUAAGUUUGGUCAGAAAUCGCAUGUGGAGUGUGCCCGCUUUUCUCCAGAUGGUCAGUAUCUGGUCACUGGGUCUGUCGAUGGAUUCAUCGAAGUGUGGAACUUUACUACUGGAAAAAUCAGGAAGGACCUGAAGUACCAGGCGCAGGACAACUUCAUGAUGAUGGACGAUGCUGUGCUCUGCAUGUGUUUCAGCAGAGACACAGAAAUGUUAGCAACUGGUGCCCAAGAUGGGAAGAUCAAGGUCUGGAAAAUUCAGAGUGGCCAGUGUUUAAGGAGAUUCGAAAGAGCGCACAGUAAAGGUGUCACCUGUCUGAGCUUUUCUAAGGACAGCAGUCAGAUCCUGAGUGCCUCCUUUGACCAAACCAUUAGAAUUCAUGGUUUGAAGUCUGGGAAAACCCUGAAGGAAUUCCGUGGUCAUUCCUCCUUUGUUAAUGAAGCAACAUUUACACAAGAUGGACAUUAUAUUAUCAGCGCAUCCUCUGAUGGCACUGUAAAGAUCUGGAAUAUGAAGACUACAGAAUGUUCAAAUACCUUUAAAUCCCUGGGCAGCACUGCGGGGACUGACAUUACGGUCAACAGUGUGAUUCUGCUUCCUAAAAACCCGGAGCACUUCGUGGUGUGCAACAGAUCGAACACCGUGGUCAUCAUGAAUAUGCAGGGCCAGGUUCACGAGAAGGACGUGAUUGGCAUUGCACAUCAUCCUCAUCAGAACCUCAUUGCUACCUACAGUGAAGAUGGACUCCUAAAGCUCUGGAAACCCUAAUUCAGCUUUUCUUCAAAGAAAAGAAAGCUGAAAGCAUGUACUUCAAUGAAGACACAUUCAUAUGUGUUGUUUUUCUUUUAGGGUAGCUUUUUUAAGCUGAGAAAUUCUCUGAUUAGCCACAGGAAUAAUUUUGUGAAGCAGUUACCUUUGUAAAGUGCAUUUUUAAUGUAUUAGUUCGUCUUUCCUUGCCUUUGCCGGUGCCAGGAAUAGGGCCCUGGGCCUUGCACGCUAGGCAAGGGCUCACUGAGCAGAAGCCCCGGCCCAAAGUCCGUGUGCUUCUGACAGGACCAGUCACUCAGAUGUUUUCAGAGCGACGUACUGGUGUUAGUAAAAACUCCUGUAAUUUGUAAUGGUUCAAAUGUGCCUGUCAUCAUAAAACUUGUAAAUAAAUCAAUGUAUUGAGUA